AGUAAUGAAGGCCGUUUUCGACCUUUGACUACACAACUACCCGCGUUAUAACGCUGCUCCUGCGCUCCGGCAAUGUGACUGCCCAUAGGAUCCAAAUCUCUCUCUUUGUUUCUCACGUCCCGGAAAACACUUUCUAAAAUUCUCCAACUGUAUUUUGUGACAGAAAACAUGUAUAUAACUAAGCUCAGGAAUCAGACAAGACAGUGGAAUCCUAAACCUUUUGAACUGUUGUCUGAUCCAAAAGAAACGCAAUUUGUCUGCAAUUGAAAAAGCAGGUCAAGAUGGGUGAGAGAGGGCAGACAAUUAUGCUAGCGUUGACGGCCUUUUUCUUUCUGGGUAUGUUCGCAACUUUCCCUGCAGGCUGUUUUUCAGACUCCAAUCAGCAGCCUCAGAGCAAGAAAAAGUCAGUCCACCUCGCAUCCCCUAAUCGCUUUGGCUCUUCAGUUAUUUUUCCUGUUCAAGGAAACGUUUAUCCUCUUGGGUACUACUUUGUAACCCUCAAGAUAGGCCAUCCGCCUAAGCUGUACGACCUUGAUAUUGAUUCUGGCAGUGACCUCACUUGGGUCCAAUGCGAUGCACCUUGUAACGGUUGCACCAAGCCCCGUAAUCGACUUUAUAAACCAAACAAUAAUGUUGUCACUUAUGCAGAUCCCAUGUGCGCUGCCGUGCGCUACCCGGGAAACCACAAGGCGAAGGACCCUAAUGAGCAGUGCGACUAUGUGGUCACAUAUGCUGAUCAUGGAUCUUCCCUUGGUGUGCUGGUCAAGGACUACUUUCCCCUUCACUUUACCAAUGGCUCCAUCAUUGGUCCCCGUUUGGCCUUUGGGUGUGGAUAUGACCAAAAAUACUCUGGGCCGCACUCUCCACCAUCCACGGUGGGAGUCUUGGGCCUCGGCAAUGGCAAAGCAAGCAUAGUGUCACAAUUGCGUACUAUGGGUUUAACACGGGAUGUAGUAGGCCACUGUUUAAGUGGACGACGGGGAGGAUUCUUAUUCUUUGGAGAUGACCUUGUCCCUUCUUCAGGAAUCAUAUGGUUGCCAACUUCACGCAAUUCCCUGGAGUACCACUACACAUCAGGACCAGCUGAACUUCUUUUUGGUGGAAAGUCUACUGGGGUAAAUGGUCUCCUCGUUGUCUUUGACAGUGGAAGUUCUUAUACAUACUUCAAUUCCCAAGCUUACCAAGCCACAGUCAAUCUGCUGACAAGAGAAUUAAAUGGAAAGCCAUUGAAGGAUGCACCAGAGGACCAAUCACUCCCAAUCUGCUGGAAAGGCACAAAGCCUUUCAAAUCUGUUGGUGAUAUCAAGAACUACUUCAGGCCUUUGAUACUGAGCUUUACACAUGCCAAGAAUGUUCAGCUACAAUUAGCACCUGAAGCAUAUCUUAUUGUUACAAAACAAGGCAAUGUAUGCUUGGGAAUUUUGAAUGGCACCGAAGUAGGACUCAAGAAUCUAAACAUAAUUGGAGACAUAUCUUUGCAAGACAAAAUGGUGAUUUAUGACAACGAAAAGCAGCAAAUUGGAUGGACUCCUGCAAAUUGUGAGAGGCUUCCAAGUGCGGAUCGUGAUUUUAGUGAAGGUUUUUCUCAUCAUUAUGCUCUUAUUCUACCCGAGGAUUUCCCUGCAACUUAUGCUUCAUGAGAAGAUCAAUAAGUGGCUAGCAAAAAGCUUCAAGGCAGAAGAAUAGGCAAAAGUAUAGACAAUGUAUCCUGUAUGUUGUUUACUUGCAUUCGUUUAGUCAUAGAAGGUUAACAAGAAUUCAUAUCUUAUAGUGUUGUCUGGAAGGUAGCAAAUGUAAAUGGGUAUAUUCCAUACAUACGUUGGUUACUAGCAUUUCAUAAAUUCAAAUGCACCGGCAUUAACUUGAUACAA